AUGAAGUUGUUAAUUGUAGCAGUAGCUUUAGUGGCAGCAGCAGCUGCAGCAGUUUAUGAUGUCUACCCGACCAAGUAUGAUGACCUCGACAUCGAUGCCAUUCUUGCAAAUCGACGUCUUUUUGAUAAUUACCUCCAAUGUUUACUGAAGAAGGGCAGCUGUACCGAAGAAGGUGCUCUAUUGAGAGACAUCGUCCCAGAUGCUCUUCUUACUGGAUGCAAAAAAUGUAACGAACAUCAGAAGAAGUCGACAGAAAAGGUUAUCAGAUUCCUCAUUAAAGAACGCAAAAGCGAUUGGGAUGAACUCCUCAAGGAGUAUGAUCCUCGUGGAGAAUUUCAGAAACAAUAUGCCCAUUAUCUGGAAGAACUAUAA